ACCAAUAAGCGAGCUGCUCCUUCGUACAGAGCAGCAUCGGCAUCGCUCUCCUCAGCGGCAGUUUUGCUCUAGAGAAGUCGGGACAAUUUCUCAAAGAGCUUCUUAUUGCGCUCAGAACUGCAUCCAAGAAGAGAGCUCCGGGAAUUAUACAAUUUAUUCGAAGAAGGCGAGUCGGGCCAAUCUCUGUCCCUUGAUUUUACAGCGCUCUGGCAAAGAUGAAUUUAGGCUCCGUUCUUAUACUGACGUGCACCUUAGUUGUGGACACAUCUUGGGCGACCAAGGCAGACCAACCACCUAAACCCCCAUGCAGACCAGGCUUUUCCGAGAGCUUCUACACAGUCUUUGUCUCUAGGGAUCUACUGCAAGGCCAGAACAUUCUCAAAGACACCACCCUGUCGAGUGAACGUGUGAAGUUUGACGACUGUCAGCACAGCAAGGCUGUGGACUUCGAGAGCAGUGACCCUAACUUCAGUGUGCGUCCUGACGGCUCGGUGUACGCGGAGCAGGAGGUGGCCAACCUGUCUGAUCCAGUCCAGUUCAUGGUGACCGCCCGCGGAGGUCAUGACCCUCAUAUCUGGGAGACCACGGUCAAGCUGGCCUUGGCUGGCCACCCGCCUUCUGUUCCUGUGAGUCAGAUUGGAGUGGAGGAUAUGAUUGCAAGGGCCUGGGACUCUAAUCCCAGGGUUAUCAAGUUUCCACGGAAACAUCAAAGAAGCUCUUCUGCCAAUGGUCUGAGACGACAGAAGCGAGACUGGGUCAUCCCACCAAUCAAUGUGCCCGAAAACUCUAGAGGACCCUUCCCACAAAUGCUUGUCAGAAUCCGCUCAGACCAGGACCUGGAGAAAGGGAUCCGCUACAGCAUCACUGGAGCAGGGGCGGACCAGCCUCCCAUUGACGUGUACAACAUUGACCCUGUGCACGGCAAGAUGUUUGUCACCAGACCCCUGGACAGAGAGGAGAGGGCCUCCUACCAUCUGCGGGCCCAUGCUGUGGACAUGAAUGGGAACAAGGUGGAAAGCCCCAUAGACCUGUACAUCUACGUCAUCGACAUGAAUGACAACCGACCAGAGUUCCAGAACCAGGUCUACAACGGCUCUGUGGCUGAAGGCUCUAAACCAGGCACGUUAGUGAUGCAGGUGACCGCCAACGACUCAGAUGACGACACCACAGCCAAUGGGAUGGUGCGGUACCGGAUCCUAUCCCAGACCCCCCACAUGCCAAUCCCCAAUAUGUUCACCAUCAACAGCGAGACGGGAGACAUCUUCACGGUUGCCGCCGGCUUGGACAGGGAGAAAGUGUCCCAGUACACCAUCAUCGUCCAGGCCACGGACAUGGAGGGGAACCUGAACUUUGGCCUGUCCAACACGGCCACCGCCCUCAUCUCUGUGACCGACAUCAACGACAACCCUCCCGAGCUGACCGCCAGGACGUUUUCGGGGGAGGUCCCAGAGAACAGGGUGAAUGUGGUGGUGGCCAAUCUGACAGUGAUUGACAGGGAUCAGCCUCACAGCCCCAACUGGGCUGCCCAGUACCGCAUCGCCAGCGGAGACCCCCAGGGUCACUUCCUCAUCCGCACCAACCCUGUCAACAAUGACGGCAUGGUCACUGUGGUCAAGCCAGUGGACUAUGAGCAGAACAGGGCCUUCAUGCUGACAGUGAUAGUCUCUAACAAGGCCCCUCUGGCCAGUGGGAUCCAGUCUUCUCUCCAGUCUUCAGCGGGGGUCACCAUCUCCGUACAGGAUGUCAACGAACCCCCUGUCUUCCCUUCCAACCCCAAGUCCAUCCGCUUCGAGGAGGGGGUUCCUGCAGGCACCACACUCACCGUGUUUGCUGCCCAAGACCCUGACCUCUUCAUCCAUCAGACUGUCCGGUACUCAAAGCUGUCUGACCCAGCUAACUGGUUGAGGAUCAACAGGACCAACGGUCAGAUCACCACCAUGGCCGUGCUGGACAGGGAAUCCAUGUAUGUCAGGAACAACAUCUAUGAGGCCACCUUCCUGGCUGCCGACAAUGGCUCUCCCCCUGCCAGUGGGACAGGCACCCUACAGAUACAUCUGAUAGAUGUGAAUGACAACGCUCCAGUGCUGUUGCCCAAGGAGGCCCAGGUGUGUGAACGGGCCAGCCCCCGCUCCAGGGUCAACAUCACAGCCUCCGACGCCGACGCUGACCCUCACGUGGGGCCUUUUGUGUUCGAGCUGCCCUCCUACCCCCCUAGCGUCCGACGCAACUGGACCGCCUCCCGCAUAAGCGGUGACUAUGCCCAGCUAAGACUGAGGAUUCCCUACCUGGAUGCAGGGGUGUAUGAUGUUCCCAUCAUAGUGUCGGACUCUGGGAACCCGCCCCUCUCUAACAGGUCUAUGAUAAAGGUCAAGGUGUGUCCGUGUGAUGACAACGGAGACUGUACUACCACCGGAGCUGUAGCUGCCGCUGGACUGGGGACCGGAGCGAUCAUAGCCAUACUCAUCUGUAUCAUCAUACUGCUUACAAUGGUACUGGUGUUUGUGAUGUGGAUGAAGCGGAGGGAGAAGGAGCGUCAGGCCAAGCCCCUGUUGAUUGACCCAGAGGACGACGUCAGAGACAACAUCCUGAAAUACGAUGAGGAGGGAGGAGGAGAGGAGGACCAGGACUAUGACCUAAGCCAACUGCAGCAGCCCGAGGCUCUGGACCACAUCAUCUGUAAACCAACGGGGGUGCGCAGGGUGGACGAGAGGCCUGUCAUCGCUGAGUCCCAGUACCCCAUCAGACCUAGCCUGCCUCAUCCCGGAGAUAUUGGAGACUUCAUCAACGACGGUCUGAGGGCAGCAGACAACGACCCCACAGCCCCGCCCUAUGACUCCCUGCUGGUGUUUGACUAUGAGGGCAGCGGCUCCACGGCCGGCUCUGUCAGCUCCCUCAACUCCUCAAGCUCAGGGGACCAGGACUACGACUACCUCAACGACUGGGGCCCCCGCUUCAAGAAGCUGGCUGACCUCUACGGUGGAGGAGACGACGACUGAGAAAGGGGUGGGGUA